AUGGCCGCAGCAGCCAAUGAGGCAUCUAGUGUUUAUAUCUAUGUGAAGAACGGACAGAACACCGGAAAAUGCCCACAGCUGUAUGUUGAUAAGGAACAGGAGGUUCUGAUGGACCAGCAGAUGUUGGACCAGGAGGAUCCUGAACCUCCACAGGUUAAAGAGGACCAGGAGGAAGUGUGCAUCAGUCAGCUGGUACUGAAACAGGAGACUGGUACCAUCAAGGUGCUUCAGUGCACGUCCCAACUCGCUGCCAUCCAUGGAGGUUCUGAGAACAGGAUGGUGGAGCAUGAAGAAGAGAUGGGUCCUCAGUGCAGACUGCUGGAGAUCAACUGGAAACCCGUAGUAAAGUUGCACAGAAUGGAACUCCUACAGAAACCUGUUUUUACAAAGGAAGAGGUUUUGAUGGACCAGCAACUUAGUAAGCAGGACAGGAACUACAGUCUGGUCUGGGAGGAACAGAAACCUUCACAGAUCAAGGUGGAACAGGAGGAACUAGAACCUCCACAGAUCAAAGAAGACCAUGAAGAAACAGGACCUUCGCAAAUUAAAGAGGAACAGGAAGAACUUGGCAGCAGUCAGGAUGUGGAGCAGCUAGUUAUCAAAGAGGAAACUGAUAUUUUACUGGUUACAACUAAUUACGGGGUAAGUGACAGCAGUGAGUCAGAACCAAGCAGCGGCCAUCUCUUCUCAGACCUGACACGACUAAAAGAAAAAACAGAUUUGGAAACGGAUGAUGGAAAACGUUAUGUUUGCAACAUUUGUUGA